CUCAGCAUAAUCCCAUUCCAAACUCUCUCUCUCUCUCUCUCUCUCUCUCUCUGUUUCUCUCUCUUCCCGAAUACCUCCAUUAAUGGAGGGCGCUCAUGUCCUCUCGCUCUCCGACCUCCUCCGCGCCUCUCGUCCUCUCACCGGCGCCUCCUCCCUCGUCUCUGUUCCCACCUCGCCACGCCCACCCCCUACGAAAAGAUCCAGAGUCGAAACCCUAAACCUCGAUCACACUACAAACCCUCUCCUGUUCUCCGAUCUAAGCCCUAAUCCUAACCCUAACCCUAACGCCUUCUUACCGAUCAAGCGCCCCGUGCUACUCAUCGGCACCGUGGAUUUGCUUCCUCCCGACUCCGAUAGGUGCAGAGGGUGCGAGAACCAUUGUCUCUCGUUCUCCGGUGGGUCCUCUAGGGUUUGCUGCUACGUUCUUGACUUUGAUCCCGAGAUCCUCCGCAGGGAGAUCGCCGUACUCGCUUGGAAUUUUCUCCCUUUCGAUCGAGAAACGGGCGUAGGCGGUGGCGGCGGAGUAUUGGAAGUGAUUAGGUGGCGCUUUACGGGGCCGGCAACGGCCUUUGAUGGAGGCUUCUUGCUCUCGGCUCUGUCGAUCGGUUCGCAUCAAGAAACCAACUCGGUUGUUCGGUCUCGUAAGAUUGGUGUUGUAAGAUCGAUCAGCCUUGUCUUUAAGGUCCCUUAUGCGACACAACAUGACGGAGGGGACUCUGUUGGAUUUCUUGCUGAGAUUUUAUCAUGUGAAUGUGAUUCUUGUAGCAGUGCUUUAAUGAGACAAGGUACUGAUAACUGUUUUGUAGGAGGAAACGAUGUACAUAAAUUUACCAAGCCAGUAUUUGUAUAUUUCCUCAAUCCGUUGUAUACCUGGCGCCCUGUUCUUUCUAAGAUGAUUGGGAAAUUAGUAGUGCUCUCAGGAUUGAAAAAAAAGUUGGUUUUUGUUGGAGAGGAAUCGUACACAAUGUUUGUCUCAACAGGGAGAACCACAUUGUCUUUGCGUGGGUUGUCUACAGGAACUCUACCUUCAGGUGGAAUGACGGCAAAAGACGGAGAGUGUAAUAACAGUGUGUAUAGCGGGACCAUUACUGGGAUUUACAUGCAGGGUAUGGUGGUGGAGUUGGAUCAGAAGGUGUUUCUUUUAAUUAAUGAUCCGCAGCUUGCACCGCAUCAUUCUUUUAGAUCUGGUGCUAUUGUUUCUGUCAGGAAUUUUCAUUUAGUUCGACCAAAUUUUGCUUCGAUCAAGAUGGUUUUACUUUGUACAUGUGUUAAAACCAAUAUUGAUGUCGAGUCCUUUUCACUUAUUGAGACCAAAUGCCAUUUAAAGAUUCAGAGUAAGAGCCUACUGGGGAAGUUUAUUAAUUCGUUGACAUUUUCUGCUAGAUUUUGGGUAUUACUUCUGGUCUCUUCCUUUAAGCAGAAAUUUCAAAGUGUUUGCUCAGAAAUGGAAAUCCUGGGCUCAAAUAAUAAGGAAGGACUGGUUCAAACCUAUGCUAGUAGAUGGUUGUCUCCAAAUGACUACCAACCUAAGCAUGGGAUUUUUAUGGAAUUCUGCAAACAUGAUUCAUGUAUGUAUAAUUCAGAAUCGGAUUUGAAGUCGCUUAAAUUGGUAAUACCCCUCUCUAAUCUUAUCAGCAAAUGUGAAGAAAUAUGGGUGUCAUUUAUAUUAAAGAGACAGAAAGAUGCUGAAAAGGGUGGGCUGAGGCACAAUUUGAGCCAUUUCAUUCAUGAAGGAACAUCAUGUCGUCGGUUUAUUAGAAGAAUAAUACCAAGUGAAGACCUGGGCUUUAUUUUACUGGGAAGUAUCAAGACUUCUUCACCUUCAGGAAGGUUACAAUUGGUUGAUGCUACGGGAAAUAUAGACGUUGUUAUACCAGACCUGGUAUCAAAUGUCAAUUGCCAUAACAUUUAUGAGAUUAGAGAAUACAAGCUUGUUCUUGAAGGUUCACCAACUCAACUAGAUAAUCAGCAAUAUGAUUUUGGCCCGCUGCUUACCUGCAGGGCUAUAUUCCAACAGUUCUCUUGCAGAAAAAGAUUAAAUAACAUUACGAUGUACGUCCACUUCAAUCUCAGGGACUCAAAUUGUCUCCAUGUUUCCUCCUGUGCCCCUUCUCAUGAGGUUGCUUGUGUUGGAUUGUUUCAUCUGCUGCUCGUAAAACAUAAAUUUCCUUCAACCGAUAAUUUUCCAGAUGAUCCAAAAAUGUGGAACUGCUCUAGUUUGUUUGCUGAGGCUUUGGUCUUGCCUUAUAAUCUCAAUUUUCCAGAGAAAAGUGGAAAUAUCCAACCAACAGAGAUUGUUCAAGAUAUGCUAGAUGCACAGAAAUUUGUCCAUGUAUUGAGUAGAAUUACAACUACUGGCUCAGCCAGUAACCUUAGGGCAUCUGAAAGGAAAUUUUGUCAUAAUCCUUGUUCUUUUUCCUUCAGAAGUGCCAGUCUUCAUGGGACACUGAUGCCUGCCCGUGUACAUAGAUCAGAUGGCAAUUGUUUUAAGGAUUCAGUUGAUGGCCAACAUAAUAUGAGGAUUCUGCUAGAAUUUAAGGCUGAUAGCUUUAUCUACUACCAGUUGCUGCGGAUAGGUGGAUAUUAUCUUCUAAAAUGUUCGAGCGAUGGCCUUACAUGUAAUCUGAAAGGCUGUGAAUGUUUUGCGUGUGGUAAAACUUGUAUUGACUCUCAAAAUACUCUUCGGAGUGUUUCAAUCAUAUUUAAUGGUUGUAACAAUCAUAAAGGGUCUCGUGAAGAACACACUUCUGAAGUUUCUUCAGGGAGAGCUGGUGAACCAAGGAGCCACUAUGCAACUGAGCUACUACUAUCGAGCCCUUUGGAACAUUUUCAUGAAACUUCAGAUUUUCAUCUGGAUUUAUUGAAUGAAGAGCAUCUGUUAGGGAUUCUUCCUCGUCCAAGUGAGGUGUUAAGUGUAUCGUCAUGCAUUCGUAUGAUGACCGCUGAGUUUAGGACUACUGGGAUUAGUGAUUUGCAAGGCCACUGGUUGCCCCAAGGAGAUCUAGUCUCUUUAAAUGGAAAUAUAGAAGAUGUUCAUUUAAAUGAUUGCAAAUCUACAUCUUUUGUGAGCUUUAGAUUUCUGACUGGUAGUGACCAAAGAAGAAUCUCUAGUGUCUGCAUUCAUGUGGCAGAUGAUACUUGCGUGGUGCAAAUUUCUGGUCAUUUGAGCAUGCGUGCCUGUCCUGUUGGAUUUAGACCAGGAGUAAAAGCAACAUUCCACCGGGUAUUGAUGAUGUGCUCUUCUAGUGGAAGACAUGCAUUGUUAUUUACCCCGGUAACUUUUAUUGAAAUUAACUCCAUCAGAGAAGUUGUUGACGAGCAGAGUGAAGAACGGAUGGUACUGCCUACCAGGUUAACUUUUCCAACUGAGCAUUUAUCUGACACAAUUCCGUUAGGUCUCUUCUUGCAGCUAGUGAGAUCAAUGGACAGCAAGCUUACUAAGGUCCGCUGCAGGGUUGUGACUACCCAAUUUUUGGUGCUUGAACAUUGUGGUCAUGAUUCCAUGAAUUCAGAACAAUGCAGAUUGUGUAGUAUUCCAAAAGUUAAUAUUCCAAUAGCUGGAUUUGUUAUGGAUGAUGGAUUGUCGUUGUGUUGUUGCUGGGCUGAUAGAGAUCGUGCUGGAAUGCUACUUAGGCUGCAGGAAAAUGCAAAGUAUGUGUUUAGUGAUGCCAAGGUCUUCAAAGGAGGAGGCAAUACUGGAAACUUACAACAUACAGUCGGUUAUCACUUGCAAAAGAUGCUAAAAAAGCAUGGCAGGGUCAUCGUCAAAAACCAUGGAAUAGCAGCCGAGUUAUCAUGUCAAGAUUUGACAUUUUCUUGUGAUUCAGAUAAACAUUUCAGUAGCUCAGAAGAAAGGCUCCUUAAGUUUAUUAUUCUUAAUGCCUGUCAAGGAUCUGUUUUGAACAUUGUUGGUUCGGCACUGGAUGCUAAUACCUUAAGGUGGUUAGACAAAGAGCUUCUGGAGCUCAGUACUGGCGUGCAGUCUAUGCAUAAUGCAUGGGUUAGUGAAGUUGAAUAUGUGGAUCCUUUGAAAGAAGCUUGGACCAUGCUUCAUAAUCUUGGAAUCAAGUAGCAUCAUCUUUUCCAUAUUUGAGCUGAAAUUCAUCACGGCGAUAAUUAAAUUGAGCAUGUGGUGUACUAAUACAUAGAAGCAGCACACAAAAAAGAAGUUUCAAGAGGUGGCGACAGCUACAACUCUUCAUUUGAACACACUAUCAACUCUUGGCUGGGCCUUAUUUAAAUAUGGGCAUAAAGUCAAAUCUGAGUACGACCAAAAACAUGCCAAGCUCACCAUAUUCAUGCCGAAGCUCACCAUAUUCAGCAAGGGAAAAAUCUUGAUGUCCACAGUGACGACUCUGAUGUUUGCUUUGCUGAUCAAUGAGCUUUUCUUUUCUUCAUGAUGAAGACUUCGUGAAUAGCAGGUAAAUCAGGAAAAUACGCUGGACCUCCCUGAACUUGUCUAGUUACACUUAGCCGCUCGAUCUUUGGCCUGACAACUGUUGCAUAGAUAGUGAGAAGCGGACAACUAAUAUGGCUUCCAUAUUUUGUCUGGAAAGCUUAAAGUUUGUGAUCAGACUAUCGACGCUGUUCGUACUGAGCAUCGAGGUCUUUCAAAUCUUGUGCAGUAUCACAGAGGUGGUUGGUCAUAUACUUGAUUUGUAAAGGCACAAUCAUAGCUUUUGUCUUAUGUACAUAAAGAGGAGUCAGGAAUUUGAGGGGAACCACAUAACCACUGAUGCUCUCGCGUAGUUCCUGUACCAUCUCAACUUAAUGCUCUUAGUUACUCUUGCUGGUAGUUCUCUUGUUGGUUUUCACAGAAAAACUCAGGAUUUGAGUGCAUAGAAAGAUCGGCAUCAGAAAAUCUUUUACUAAUGGAACUUGCUAUUUAUAGUGAGCGGACUUGAAAUUGCAGUCCAUGUGUUGCCAUUUUUUUUUUGUGAUGAAGUUGUGUCCAAAACUGUCACAGAAAAAACAGACAAAAAAAAAAUAAAAUAUCGAGAGGUGGAGGGCUGAACUGAACAAUGAGAUGUAGGUUGUACUUCAGAAGUACGUGAUGAAGCCUUGAUGGUUUCUGAUUGUGCAAGGUUUUGGUAAUAAAUGAGCAACAUACAGCCUAUAUUUUAUGGUACUACAAAAGUGAGGAUCUGGUCAUGAAGGGACCAUUCACAUUAAGAAAGAUAAUAACGGCCGUCAUCGUCUUAGUUAAUUUAAUUGACAGUUUUGCUUUUGUU